AUGAGUUGCAUAAGUGAGUUAUUAAAUAAGUUUAAUAAUUUCAGUCAAUAUGAAUUCAAUUUUCAAUUAUCAAUAUUCAGGUACGUGUCAAGGGAUGAAAGAGAGAUAACUCUUCCAAGUCAAGAGCUUGAAAAGUUUAACUGGUCCAGAGUAACAAUAGAGACACCCAAGUUCCAACGAGUUUCACCAGCUGUUGUAAGUGGAAUUGGAAAAAUGCCCAUUUUACCAAUACUAUGGUUAAAGAAAAGUCAAGAUUGUUUGGAAUAUAUUAGUAUUGGACUGAGAUUGAAGAUUAAGGAUUCCCUUGAAAGUCUUAAUUUCUGCAAGUUGAAGACAGUUAAAUUUGAAUGUUGGGACGUACGAUCAGCUCAUAUUUGGAGGCCAUUUCUUAUAAGACAUAGAAAAGUAAUAGAAGACUUGACAUUGGCUCAUUGUUUAUUGUUAUAUGAUUAUACUGUGAUGAAGGUGCUAAAGAGAUUAGAAUUCAAUGUAUUUACUUAUGUUAAGUUUCCACCAUUAGCUUAUUUAUUGACGCAAAAUAUUGAAUUAAUCUUAAAAGGUGAUGCUUAUGAAUGUGUACUCAUAGAAUGUACAGCACUUGGAGAAAACAGAACUUAUCCCAAUGUGACCAUAGCUCAAAUUAGACCAAGACGUAAUAUACUUGUAGUUCUAAUGACACGUUUCAAAAUUAAGUUUAUUCCUCUUCAAACUUGGGAAAACUUCAUAUUGUUAAAUAGAUAA